AUGUGGACAACUUUCAACUAUAAAUGGAUCACUAUUCCAUCCUCAAUAGAUGAUACAAUUCUUUACAAAAAUGAUAACGGUUGCAAUUGUAUUAAAUUUCUGAAACAAUUACUAAAUAUAAGUACUGAUAUAUCAAUUGAAAAUUUAGAAACUAUAAGUAGUAACACCAAUGCCAAUACUAAUGACAAUACCAGUUUUUAUCCAAUUAUUUUUAAUCGUAUAAAUGAAUACUUAGUUGACUUGAGAUUAAUAAUUCGCAUAUAUCACAAUAACAAAGAGAGCAAUACUAUUUCUAACAAUAAAAUAGAUUAUUCGCGGAUCUCAUCCUUCGAUAUUCACGGUUUCCAUGUAUCAAAAUAUUUAUUGGAAGACGAAUGUUUCGGUAAUCUUAAAAAUAUAUUCAAUCAGAUUAGUCAUGACUAUAAAGUCGAUAUAAUGAUAACAAAAUAUGACUUUUUAAAUAUAUUAAAUGAUACAACAGAUAAUAAUUCUCCUUGUUUAUAUAUCGUUGGACAAAACAACGUAUUAAUUUUUUUAAAAAAUGUUAUCGAGUUCGUUAUCUCUAAUUACACUUUAUCUCAAAGGAUUCCAAUUUUAAACGCUUAUUCUAUCCCCAUGAUAUCAGGUCCACAUUCUAUUAAUGUUGACUAUUUUAAGACCAUCCACAAUGUAUCUUUACAUGUACCAACUUUAUCAGACUUAACUCAUUCCGAUCUAUAUAUCGGUGGCUAUGAUAAUUUAACCACCGAAGCCACUGUAGAAUAUGUCACCACAAUAUUUAAUAAAUUUUUAUCAGAUUUAUGCCCUAUUCAAAAUACCAUGUCUUCUCCAUUUGGUAUUAAUACUAUUCCAUUAGGUAAGAUUUACUUUUUGAGAAAAUUUAGAUUCCUUCAUUUGAAUUCAUUAUCUAUUAAACAUCAAACAUGUAUAAAUUUUACUGAGUUAAAUAACAAUAGUAACAACAACAACACACCAUCUUCAUGUUCUUUAUUGGUUCAUGGAUCUUCAUCAGAGUCAAUCCAAUCGUGUCUAAAGGACUUAUCCUUAUCAAUUUUACAAAAUCUUAUUGAAAUUACUUUUUACUUUGAUUCAAUUAUCUUAGAUUUAAGUAGUCUUUUCAGCAUCCUCGAAGGUGAAGAAUUUAUUUUAGUAACACCUUUAGAUAAUCUCAUAUCCAAUCCCAUCGAUUCAUUCACUUUAAUCAUCGACUAUAAUAGAUUCCUGAAUAUUAUGGAUCAAUUGUUAACCCUACCAUUUGCUGAAAACUUAAAACAAUUCAAGACGAUAUUUCAAAUUCAUUACGAUUUUGAACAAUUCAUAUCUGGCAAAAAAAAUGGUAAGCUAAUUAAAAUUAUGGAUCAACAACCUAAUUGUAUAGUGAGACUACUAAAUGAAAGAAGUAACGAUAAAAAUGAUAUUUUGAUGAAUUUGGAACUCAUUAAUGGCCCACAAAAAUUAGAAUAUAAACAAAGUCUAAAAUUGAUAAUUGAUGAAUUACCUAUUGAGGAAUCUUUCCAUAUUGGUGAGGUAUUCCAUAGACCAAUUAUUGGUUCAGGUGGAUCUAUUAUUCAGACUAUAAUGAGAAAAUACAAUGUUUUCAUCCAAUUUUCAAACAGUUUCAAUCUACCACAAUUGAACUGGUCCUUGAUUAGAUACCCAAACGUAAUAAUAAGAUGCCCAAGAAAAAAUAUGGCAAACAUUAAACUGGCCAAGGAAGAAAUAUUGAAUUUAGUUAAUAAAUUUAAGAUUAAUCAAGAUUUACAGUCUUUUCAAUUAUCCUUUGCUAUGUACCAUUUUAUCACAUUAAAAAAAAACCAUACAAAAAUUCCACAGAUUGAAAAGACUUAUAAUGUCGCUAUUAAUUUUCCAGCUCCGAAUGAAAUGAAGAAUUAUGUUAAUGAAAAUUUCACAUUAACUAUUGGAAGUAGUUUUAACAAUAAUCAAAAUGAUGUUUCAACAUUUUCAAACGAACAGGAUCAUGACAACAGCGCUAGCACUAGUAAUAACAACAACAAUAAUAUAAAUAAUAAGAAAAACUCAUUUAAUGCAAUGAUUAAAUUUAAAGAAAUCGUAUGUGGUAAAGAAACCAUAUUUGAAAUGUCAGAUAACUUCAAAACAUUCAUAAAGCAAAAAAAUGAAUGGUUCCACGACAAUGUUAUCUUACAAUUAGAAUCUCUAUGUCAUUGUGUUUUAAGAGUUUCUAAUGAUUUAAACUCAUUACAAUUAAUACAUCAAUCACCAAAAGAAUAUGCAAUAGUCCUACAUUAUUUAGAAGUUUUAAAAGCUAAAUUCAAUAUCGUAGUUGUAUGUGAGAAACAAAUAUCCUAA